AGAAAGUAAGAGACGGUCAGGUUAUUCAUCAAAGGGCGCAGUACAGCUACAGACCGUCUCUAGUCCGCGCUCACGGAAGACAAAAACACCACUUGCCUCUUUUUAUGGAGCGUCAUUGAGGUACAGUUAUGAGUUUCACGAGACUGCGGUGGACUUCAAAAAAUAAACGGGAUAUGUCAGUUCCGUUGGAACUGUGACUAAGGACGACCUGUGUGUGUGUAGCUGCGGUCCAGAACACCGUGGGAAGUAACAUGAGUCAUCCUGUCUCCUGUCGGAAUAGCGCGCUGGGCUGGAGAGCUGGACAUGGACACUAGUAUGGUAUAUAGGCACAGGGGCAAGUUCAAGACUCCGCUAUAGUUUACAGGGGAAGCUGUCUGCUCACGUUCGCGUCUGAACAUGUAAACAAUGGAAGUUGGUGAGAGACUGGAAAUGACUGCGCAUUUGACCCUUGGAAGAGGACGUCCGUGGAAUGAACUGGUUCAGAAAGUUUAUUUGCUACACCAUUGCGCCUUUUUAAUUUAAGAGAGUAACAUUGCACUUCGCGCCGAUAGGAGCCCGCGACUUGCACACACCAGGAUGCCUGCGGGUUUACCUCCCUCGCAGUCUCUCUACAUUGGUAUGGAGGCAGUGAUCGCCCUUUCCUCGGUCAUUGGUAAUAUCAUGGUGGUUUGGGCUGUGCGGAUCAAUCGCUCCCUGCGGGACACGACCUUCUACUUCAUCGUCUCUUUGGCUUUGGCGGACAUCGCGGUGGGUGCCCUAGUGAUUCCGCUGGCCAUCACCAUAAGCAUCGGACUCAAGACGCAUUUCUACAGUUGCCUCCUGGUGGCUUGCACCGUGCUGGUGUUGACGCAAAGUUCUAUCCUGGCUCUACUAGCCAUAGCGAUUGAUCGCUAUCUUAGAGUGAAGAUACCAAUGAGUUAUAAGCGGGUUGUGACUCGGCGCCGGGCGGGGAUAGCGGUGGUCGUGAGCUGGCUGGUGGCGAUCGUGGUGGGCCUUACGCCCAUGCUGGGCUGGAACAACCUGGAGCGUCUCCGUGACGACAGCAACGGCACGCUGCUGGGCGCCAACCCCGUGGUGGUGUGCCAGUUCGAGAACGUCAUCAGCAUGGAGUACAUGGUCUACUUCAACUUCUUCGGCUGGGUGCUGCCGCCGCUGGUCCUGAUGCUGGCCAUCUACGCCGAGAUCUUCUACAUGAUCCACAAGCAGCUCAACAAGAAGGUCACGGCCAGCCACACCGACCCCCGCCGCUACUACGGCAAGGAGCUGAAGCUGGCCAAGUCUCUGGCGCUGGUGCUCUUCCUGUUUGCCGUCAGCUGGCUGCCGCUUCACAUCCUGAACUGCAUCACGCUCUUCUGCCCCGAGGGCCACAAGCCCAUGUACCUCAUCUACAUCGCCAUCCUGCUGACGCACGGCAACUCCGCCGUCAACCCCAUCGUCUACGCCUUCCGCAUCAAGAAGUUCCGCAGCGCCUUCCUGAGCAUCUGGGAGCGCUACGUGUGUUGCCGGGAGACGGGGAGGCUGCGGGGGCGGCCCAUCCAGCGGAUGGAAAGCCACGAGCGCCGGCUGCAGCCCAACAACGGCAUCUGAGAAUCCACCCCACACCACAACUAAGAGUGGGGACACAUGAGUAGGAUGGACAGAGAGAAAGAGAGAGAGAGAGAGAGAGAGAGAGAGAAAGCUGGACACAGGUAGAGAGGGAGAGAGGCAGAGAUGGACAUGGAAAGAGAGAGAUAAAGAAAGAAAGAGAGUUCAAACGGGAGGUGUGUGAAGAGUCUCUUCUAAGUGUCUGUCAUGCCUGCGGUCUAUUCAUCAGGAGUGUUGAUCAUCUGUGUUACGUGGACCAUCUGCUUCUUUGGCACUUUACUGUGGCGAGGCUCCUGAACACACACACACAACCACACACAACCACACACACACACACACACACACACACACACACAACCACACACACACACACACACACACACACACACAUGGCAUUAAAAGCUUUCAGGCAGCUGGAUCACCCACCUCACCCAUUUGGAGUCCUCACCUUCGAGAGGACUUUUACUCUGAAGGAUGCCGACCCGGGGGAUGUAGUGUGAUUGCGGAGCUGGGCGUGUGAAUGACCCGUGGCAGAUGAGUGCCAGAUGUGUUUGGCCCUAUUAAGGCAACCACAGCGGACGGCCCCUCCACUCACACCGGCGUCUGCCAUCUGUGCAAAGACACUCUUCUCUAAUGUGCCACUUAGUCUGUGCAAUCUCAAGCCCCAAAGCGCAAAUACAUGCAUCUCCAGCCGUGGCUCUUUCACUGGGGUAAAAGGCGGAGGGCAAGAGGCGGAGGGCAAGAGGAGGGCACCAUGAGGGCAACAGGAGGGCACCAUGUCAGAACCGGUGCCUUGGUGGCCUCGAUUCUACAGGUGAGGUGACGUUCCUUCUUCGGGACGCUCGAGACCUCCUCUAGAUCUCUUUCUUUUUGAGGAGGUUCAAGUCAUACCGGCAUCCUACGCUGAACUGAACUGAGGCCCCUCUGAGGAGGCUUGUGUGCCAGUGAGCAUCCAUCUUGUGUGACGUGACGGGUGGGAUAUUAGAGUGAAGUAUUACUGUUUGCUGCUCUCCCAGCUUAGGGUUAGUGUAAUCAAUAGAGAGGAGGGACCGCUGGGCCUCAAGGUUUCAGAUCAGUCAGCAGACAAACGGGUGGGAGGUGGGGGGGGGGGGGCACUGUUUGAGUGUGUCUGUGAUGGUGUUUUGUUUUUGUUUAUUUGUUUUGUUUCCUGUUGUUUUGAUUUGAAAUUCAUCUCCCUUAUGAUGUAGCUGUCAGAGGAAUUGUCACUGGAAGAGAAAUAAAUCUGAAAGUUAAAAAAAA